AACCAAACCCUAAAUUUUCUCCGGCGUAGUUCAAAAACUACAGCACCGCCGAUGGGCUCCGAGAUAGCCCUCCAGGACUACCUGUCCCCGGACCCACCACACCACCACCAACGCCUCCACCUUCCAUCACUCAACCUCGAAGACUCGGCCAAAAACGUCGCAGUUCCAGCGGCGCUGCUCACCUCCACCACCACAGUGACCACAGUCUCGACCGGUGACAACUCAGGCAAAACGACGGCGACGCAGCUCAGCCGCACACGGAGGUCAACCAACACCAAAGACCGCCACACCAAGGUCAACGGCCGCGGACGCCGUGUCCGAAUGCCCGCCAUGUGCGCCGCCAGAAUCUUCCAGCUGACGAGGGAGCUCGGACAUCGCUCCGACGGCGAGACCAUCGAGUGGCUCCUCUGCCACGCCGAGCCCUCCAUCAUCGCCGCCACCGGCACUGGCACCCAACCGGCGCAGCUCUGCACCUCCUCCCCUUCCAUGCCCGCCUCAAUGCCCUCCCUCCUCCCCGGCCGCCCCACCGUCACCACCUCCGCCGUCGCCGGUCAGUUCUUCUACCACCACCUCCAGCUCCCUGUCUCUCAGUCCCACCAGCAGCAGCUGAGCUGCAGGCUCGACUUGUGCCAGCCGCUUCCCGGUCUGGACUACGGGGUGGCGGCCGGGAACGAUAACAACAGCGGCGGGUUUCAGAACAGCAACCAAGGGUACAACGAACAUGGAUUCACGGCGCUGCUGCUGCAGUCUGGAGUUGGUGGCGACGGCGGUGAGGCCGCCCCGGCAGAAGGCUCUGAGGGACUAGACUAGAGAACAU